AUGGGUUUCUCCGAUCUUACUUCCGCUGCCGGCCUCAAGUCCCUCGACUCUUUCCUCGCUGACAAGAGCUACAUCCAGGGUACCGCCGCUUCCCAGGCUGACGUUGUCGUCUACAAGGCUGUUGGCUCUGCCCCUGAUGCUGAGGCUUACCCCAACGCUGCCCGCUGGUACAAGCACAUUGCCUCUUACUCUGAGGAGUUUGCCACCCUCCCCGGUGACAAGGAGGCCUCUGCCAGCUCUUUCGGUCCUGAGGCUGCUGCCGCUCCUGCUGCUGCUGCUGCCGAGGAGGAGGACGACGAUGAGGAAGUCGACCUCUUUGGUUCCGAUGAUGAUGAGGAGGAGGACCCCGAGGCUGUCCGCAUCAGAGAGGAGCGUCUCGCUGCCUACGCUGCCAAGAAGGCUGGUAAGCCCAAGACUAUUGCCAAGUCCCUUGUUACUCUUGACAUUAAGAGUUGGGAUGACACCAUUGAUCUUGAUGCCCUUCUUAAGAAGGUUCUUGAGAUUAAGAUGGACGGUCUUGUCUGGGGUGGUGCUCAGUUCAUUCCCAUUGGUUACGGUAUCAAGAAGAUCCAGCUUAACGUUGUUGUUGAGGACGAGAAGGUUUCCAUGGACGAUCUUUCUGAUGCUAUUGAGGCUUUUGAGGAUGAAGUCCAGUCUGUCGACGUUGCUGCCAUGCAGAAGAUCUAA